AUGCAGGGUAAAAGACACAAUUGGUUAAAGAGACUCUACCUAUCUCGCCGGAAAAAGGAAGAGCAGAUACCUCUCAUAGUGCGCAAGUUGCCCAUGGAGGUCCUCUACAUGAUUCUUGAUUAUCUCCCUUCUCGCACCGUGGCCAGAGCUGAGCGAGCAUUAGAUGUUCGCGUGAGCAACACCUUUUGGUACUUAAGGAUUGUCAACAACUUUUUCGAGGUACGAGGCCUCUCAGUGAAUAAGAAUGCUUACAAGAGGCUAUGUCUCAAGCUAGAGGAACAGAUCUACGGAAAUGAAGCACUGCGUAUUCGGCGGUAUCUCUUGAACUGCAUGGACAACAUACUGGAUACCGUGAAUAUGCUGCAACAGGGAAUUCUGGUCGAUGGGAAACCAUCAUGA